UUUGGUUAAACUUGAAAUGCCUGUUGUCUCAGUAAGCACCGCAAAUUCCUCCAACUUCCUUCUCUUAUGCACUCUCUCUCGUUCUCCCGUUCUAUCCUUCUCUCACCACCGUCCAUUUCAGCCACUCACUUUUUCCUCCGCCGUCCUCCGCCUUCCACGCUGCCGCGCCGCCUCCCCCGGUCCUCCGCUCCCGCCUUCCGGAAAUGACUCAAAGCACCUUAAAGGAGCAGAUGUUGCUACAUCUUUAUCCAAUAUUCAAGAUAGAAUACAGAUCUUCUUUGCUGUUCUUUUCUGGAUGUCUCUAUUCUUUUGGGCUUCUGCCUGGGAUGGGAGGAAUAGACCAAACAAGGGAUCAGGAUUUAGAAAAUAAAAUAGUAAGCAUUUAAUUUGUAUAUAUCGAAUAUAUAACUUGGGGGAACAGAAUUAUACAGCAACAAAAAAAACCAUGCAACUGUCUCAAAUAAGUAUUAUUCUCCUCAAAAUUUCUGCUUUAGAAUUUCA